AUCACACAAUCACAUUCUCAAAGCACGAAGAUCAAAGUCUUAUGUGAGCAAAAGAGCUAUAAAUCAAAUUUAAAAUCGAAAAGAAAAUCCUUAAGAGUUUGUGAAGAAGAUCACGUUUUUACAAUCAACUGUGUGUGUCGUGUCUUUCUUCUUCGAUUCGAUCGUCCCCUUCUUCUUCUUCCUACUCUCCAGAAAAAAAAAAAACCUUCAAAAGUCGAAGAACUACAAAACUACCCUUACUCGGUCUACACCCGCUUAUCCGGCCAUCACGAAAUCGAACCGGGUUCUUACGUGGCGAGAUCUGAAUGCUAUUAUAUAGUCAACGUCAAAUAAACGGACGGCUGGUUUCUCUUUAGUUUCCAAAUCGUGCGGCUGAAGGGGUAAAUUAGAGAAUUCACAAAAGCAUCCCCCAGUCUGCGAGCUAGUAGUAGCUUAGCGAUCGAGAAAAAAAAUAAAAAAAGUUGCUGGAGGUUGAAGAAGAUGACUGAUCCAAAGAAGGGGCGUGUACAAUGGGACGAAGCUAAUAUAGUGGAGAUUGAAUCUAACAAACCUGUUAGGCAGAAGAUCACUGAACCUAAGACUCCCUACCACCCCAUGAUUCAUGAUGAUGAUGAUGAUGUUGAUGAUGGUACUUUGUCUCCAAGAGGAGGAAGAUCGUUCAACGAAUGCGUUGAUGAUAUGCAACGUGCGGAAGAACUGAAGAACGCUCUGAAUGGCGAAUCAGCUUCUUCCAGUAGAAAUGAUAGCCAGGGCUCUGGUUCUGGUGGUGGUUGGAGCUCGGCUGAGGAUGAUGAAGCAGAUCCAAUGGAUCAAGAUGGUUUGGAAGGUGAGAAAAACGAGAGGUUCAGUGAACACAGAAGAGUGCAUUACAAUGAGUUCCACAAGGUGAAGGAACUUAGGUCCUUGGGGUCCUUCUAUGAUGAUGAAGAAGAAGAGGACGAGGAUGAUGAUGGCUCGAAAGGAAGUGAAGCAGAGACAACAACCUCACCACACAGUAAAGGCGUUAACAAAGAGGUAGACGCAGCUGGAAAGUCAUCUUCAUCCUCCAAUUGAUGAUAUGAUAUGAUAUGAUACCACUGUGUUCAAUCAAAAUGUGUACUCUUGUCCAGGUCUUAUAGAUCUCUCUCUCUAUCUUUAAACUUUUUUGAAAGGAAGAGGAAACUAUGUUAUGUUGUUACAGCAUUUUAAUGCAAUUGCUUACAAUCA